AUAGAAUCGGAGCCGGAAUAGAUAGCUCGUGUUGUCGGAAAGGGAAUUUGGAGGAAGCAGUACUUGGUGAGGUGUUUUGAAUCGCCAGAAUUUUAUUCAUAAUUUUGAAUUUUUGAUGAUUGGAUUUGGAAGAAAUCACUCAUCAACAGAGCAAAAUGCGCUUAUCUUUCUCGAAGAUCGGAAAUGCAAUUCCUUUUUCCAGUCUCUUUAGGCGAUUGGAGCAGGACGUGGAAACUGUUGUCAAGGUGCUACAACCUGGUGCAUUGGGAAUCAUAGAACACAAAUUUAACUCGGAGGAGAUACAGAAGGCAAAGGACACUGUUGAGAGAGCAGUGGCAAAUUGGCGGAGGCAUGCCAAAACUGAGAAACAUAACCCCUACUUGAAAGAUUUUAUUGAUGGGUGACCGACAGAGUUGGUACUUAACUUUCUGAUAAAUAAUCUGAUCAAGGAAACAAUCAUGCAAAUUUGUAAGCGCUUCUUCUAGUCUCAACAUGAAUGCACAAGGUUUAUCCUUAUCUUUGUGUUAUUAUUUUUUUCAUGGUGUUUCUUUAUUGAUUUCGGAAGUGAAUGGCUGCUUUGAUU